GUGAAUGGAACUGGAGAGUAAGCAAACCGGAGGGGAGCUUCCUCCUAGUAUUUCUGCACAUCGACCAAAAGCAAAGUCCCGCACUUCGACUUCCUCACUUCCUCAAAGCUUUCUUCAUCAAUGGCCGCCUCUUCUUCCAUCCGCACCUACAUACCCACCCCACCCUUUCUCUCUCCUCGCACCCCCCAAUCCUCUCUCUCCUCCUCCCUCAAACUCACCUCUCCCCACUUCUCCCCCUCCUCCAAACCCCUCCUCCUCUCCUCCCCUCUCUCUCCACCUCUACCCCUCUGCGCCGCCACCACCUCCUCCUCUUCCACCCCCUCACCCAAUACCCCCACCACCACCUUCCACGGCCUCUGCUACGUUGUCGGCGACAACAUCGACACCGACCAAAUCAUCCCCGCCGAAUACCUUACCCUAGUCCCCUCCAACCCCGACGAGUACAAGAAACUCGGUUCCUACGCCCUCAUCGGCCUCCCCGCCGCCGAAUACCCGACCCGAUUCAUCGCCUCCGACGAGACCACCUCCAAGUACUCCAUCCUCAUCGCCGGCGACAACUUCGGCUGCGGCUCCUCCCGCGAGCACGCGCCCGUGGCACUGGGGGCGGCCGGUGUGGCGGCCGUGGUUGCGGAGUCGUACGCGAGGAUAUUCUUCCGGAACUCUGUGGCGACCGGGGAGGUUUACCCGUUGGAGUCGGAGGUUAGGGUUUGCGAGGCGUGCAGGACGGGGGAUGUGGUGACGAUUGAGCUGGGGUUGGGGAGGUUGAUUAAUCAUACGACCGGGAAGGAUUACGGGCUCAAGCCGAUAGGGGAUGCCGGGCCGGUUAUUGAGGCCGGUGGGAUUUUCGCUUAUGCAAGGAAAGCUGGGAUGAUUCCAUCACUGGCGGCUUAAAAGUCAGGGUAUCUGGACUAUGUGCACUUUUGGCUGGCUAUCUUUGACGACUUAAAGAAUUGUUUGUUUGCAACUUCUUUUCCCUGAUGUUUAGGAGGAGAAACCUAUCCUUUCCUUAUGUCAUAAAUAAAACCGUUAUUCGCGCGUUUCGCUUGUAUCCUGAAACCAAGAGAUGCUUCUAUAGCUCUGUUCGGAUGAACUCGCUUGCAGUACUUAUGAUGUCCUCUUUUAUUGUACUGUUAAAUGUUGAAUCAGACACAGCUUUUUUCUUCUCGAUCUUGAGACACAAUGUUAAAUUAGACAGUUUUUUUCCUA